ACGGUAGCAAGCUCCCUGAACGCACUCAUAGUGCACUCCGGUGGAAUUUCUGAACGCAGCCUGGACAUUCUUAUAUCAUGUUGUUUCUAUGGAGCUGGUUUCUGGCGUUGCCUUUUUUGUUUGAGGAAAUAAUUUUUAAAAGGAAAAAUUUGUGUCCAAUCCUAUCAGACCAGAUAAAUUUGAAUGGCCGCUGACUCUCAAGCUUCAUUAUUGCAAAGAUUAUCUAAUUGAAUGAGGAUACAUGAAAUACUUCUUCAUAUUGAUAUGAAAAUUCUCAUGAAAAGAAAUAAAUAGUCCUAGUUACUUUAUUCCUCAGGAUGAUAUCAACUGCAUUUUGGUCUAAUCUAAAGCGUGAUAUUUUAUUAUUACCUUGGAUGGAAAUUUAAAAGAUCGAUAUUAAAAAAAGAAGAUUAAAUCUUAUAAAUAAUCCAUAAGAUAUUAUGUUUUAUUUAUAAGAUAUUAUGUAUGCAUAAAAAGUUUUUUUAAAAUAAUGUAAAUUUUUUGGAUGUAAAUUCUGCGUAUGCAAAUUAUUAUUAAAUUUUUAUAUAUAAAUAUACCGAUAAAAUUUAUUUUUCUUUGUAAAACAAAAAAUGAAUGGGGAAACGUCAGUUAAUUUAAAUGAAGCGAAACAAAGCUUUGUUAAAUUAAUGCGUUCAUUGAACAAAACUGAUCAACAAAAAUUGUUAACAUUUAUUAUAGAGGAAUGGAAAUUUGAAUCAUCUGUGGAUUAUAAUUCAGGAGAUGAUGCAUGUAAUAAUAAAAAAAUAAGGAAUCAAUCAAUAUUUAUUUUAAAUACCAUUGCUUCUGAUAUUAAACGAAAAAUUCCAUUUGAUGCUAUAUUGUCAUCUGAAAAUAUUAUAACUCCUUUAACAGGAGAGAAUUCGGAUUGUGAUCCUGAUAUUACAUUGCAUAUUGAUGAAUUUCUUUAUAGCGAUGAAGAUAUUAAUGAACUUACAGAUGAUCAAUUACAAAGACACUAUUGUGUUGAUUGUGGAUCAAGAAAUAUACAGCCAUUGAUUUAUAUAUCACAUUCUAUGUCACAAGAUGGAUUAUACUUUAUAUUUAAUAUUCUAUUACCUACUUUGAAAAAUAAAACAGUACUUGAUAUAGGAUCAAGAUUAGGUGCAGUUCUUUAUGGGGCAUAUGUAUAUACAGAUGCUAACAAAAUUAUUGGCGUCGAAAUGAAUGAAGAAUUUUGCAAUCUUCAGAAUGAAAUUAUACAUAAAUUCAAAAUGAAUGAUCGUAUAUCUAUUUUCCAUAGAAGAAUAGAAGAAGUUCCAGAGAUAGUCAAACAAAGCGAUGUUAUUAUCAUUAAUAAUGCAUUCGAAUUUUAUUUAUCUAAAGACAUACAAAUAGAUAUAUGGAAAUUUCUGAAAACUGUGAUGAAACCAGGAACACUUCUUGUCACUCGUCCAUCAAUUGAAACAACUUUUAAAACUUUAUUAAUUGAAAUUUCAAUAGAAAAUUGGUUGAAACCUCUAAAAAGAUCAUACUUUAACCAAUGUGCUUUCUUACAUGAUUACAAGGAUAAAUUCUCUGAAAUAUUAUGUUAUGAAGUUCUUUGAGAAAAUCAUAUCCUUAGAGCAAUGCGAUUUUACUAAAAAUAUAUUUCAAUUGUAUAAUAUGAGGAGUGUAACUAAAAUGUAUGACAAAACUUUGGGGACCUAUUCCUCAUACUUUAGGAUAAAAGUGUGAAUAUAGGUUUUAGAAAUAUUUUUUGCAGAGUUAUUUCGGAAACAUUGUGAAAUUGUGAGUAAAUAAAUAUGUGAAAUUAUUAUUGAAGGCUGUGAAACAAUCCAUAAUACUUCGAAGAUAACAGCAUUCGAGAGUUAAUGAUAAGUUAAAAUUUGUAUUCGUGUUGACAAAGGAGAUUUUAAACAGGUCCUAUAAGAUUUAUGCCCGAUUCCACCAAUGUAGAUUUACUUUAAUUUUGGUUUAACUUAUUCUUCAUCUUUUUCUAAUUCUUAAAACUAGAAAAAGAAGAGUAAGUUGAAUCGAGAUUAAAAUUAAUCUACAUUAAUGAAAUCGAGCAUUAGUGUAGUUCGUAAUUAAAACGAUACGAAAGCACAACAAUCAUGCCAUGCGAAAUUGAAAACUAUGAAAUUGCAAAAGUCGCAAAAAGUCUUUCGAAAGAUUGUGGAAAUGAUCGCGGAAGACAUAAUCUUUUGAAAAAUUAUGAAAAUAGAUCGUGAAAAAGCGCAAAUCAGUUCGAUCAAUUGUAAAGCAAAAUUGCAAGCAUGUCAUCAAUAUCGUUGACUACGAGUACUUGGUUGACAUAACAAUUCAGCUGAUUUGACUAGAAGAUAAAAAAAAUCAUUCUUAAUUGAAGGGAUAUUAAACUUGUCUAUAUUAACAAUAAAUUGCGAUAUUCUUUAUCAACGUA